ACUCAAAACUUUGACAACUCAAAAAAUAACCUAAAAAAAGGAGGAGUUUUUCUCAAAAUCUACUGAAAUUAUGGCAAUUCUAACUGAUAAUCGGGAUGUAUUUAAAAAUUUAACAGCAAGCUUAUCCUCCUUGUUCAUCAGUCAGUCAGAUGGAGAGAAAGUAUUCGUUAAAAAAAUUCUAGACGAUCUAAACAAGCUCAACUUCAGAUAUCCCACAGUGGAGAAUUCAACAGAUGCCAUUCUUUUGAUACAGAACUGUUGUACAUACGUAUCCCAUGAUGAUAAUAUAUUAGCACCAAAAUGCUGUCGGCUAAUAACACAACUGAUAAAUUUACAGAAAAUUCAGUUGGAAAAGCGCACAUUUAAUGAUUUAAUGAAUUGGUGUUUGAAGAUAUUAUCUCUUUCAGAAAAAACAGAAUAUGAAACCACUGAAGUGCUUAUAUUAUUAGAUGUCUUUGUCAGGUCAACAAACAUUCCUAUAGGGCAUUUUAUAUUCACUGUACUUCAACCAAAUAGUCCUCUUUUCAAAGUACUUGAAAGAGUGGACUCUCCUAUGAUGUUAAGGUAUGGGCUACAAUUUUUGGAAGCAUGUACCAUCAUAGAAGAAGUACAGAGUGAACAAACUCUCGAUAAACUGAGUAAAUUAAUGGUAAAAUGUGUGGAAAUUUUUCAAGGUAACUUGCUCAAGCUGAAAAAGUGUGAGGAUGCUUCUGAUUUGAAAAUCAAAAUCAUAUGCUUUAGGGGACUAGACAACAUAAUACGUAAAUUUGAUAAUAUCGUAGAUACAGGGCACAUUCUCGGAAUAAUAAAACAUUACAUGCUGUUGGGUGUCAGAGACUCUGAGUGUUUAGAAGUGAAACCUGUUUUGCCAUCUUCUCUCAGUAUUCCUGAGCCAAAAUCCAACAGUGUUCGGGAAAAGAAGGGAGGAAAGGUAACAAGGCUUCGUAAGCAUAAAGUAAACAAACAGAUUGAAACCCCAGUAGCUGAAGACUGGAUGAGCACCCCCCAGAUCUGCAGUAUUGAUGGAAACACAAAAAGACUUCCCCUGGCGCAAAUUAUAACAAGUGAUUCAGAUCUAUCAGAUUCAGGAAUUCCCAAAGUAGUCAAUCUUCCAAGGCUACAGUCUAGGGUUAGGCAGAUGUCUUUAUCUCUCUUAUUUACAGUGGCAAAGAAAUUACAAAAAGCUAUGUUGACAUAUUGGACGAGUUUUAUUCCAGAAUAUGCAGGAUCUGGAAGGUUAUUCUUAACCACAUGUAUUUUGGAGGAUCCUUCAAUGGAUUGUAGAGCGGUUGCGCUAAACUUGCUGCUUUAUAUGUUGACAUCAUCUAAACUGUGUUUACUACAAGCAGAUUCAUGUGAUAAAAGUACAGCAUUCACUUCAUUUUCCGCUAUAUUGGGAUCUAUGAUUGUUAGUCUGCAUGAGUGCCUAAAUUUAGCAUUAAAAGACAAAAUAACAUCAGUGUUGGUCCAGGUAUUGAAGUGUUACGCCGCAUUGGUAGAAGGGACACCAUAUCAUCGACUAAGUCCGGGCCUGGUUACUGAAGUGGUUCGUAAUGUGAGUCCCCUGCUUCAGCACAAAGAUCCCACAGUAAAAACUGGAGCAUUAAUUGUCUUCGGAUGCAUUUUGGCGUCCGAGCCAGUUGUGGAGGAAACGAAAACUCUCUUUCUCAAAACCGAUUUGGAUGAAAACGAAGAAAACCUCGAAAAAGGGGACUCCAAUCUCGCGCCAAAUUUAACUGCUGAGGAAAAGAAAGAAUUCAACAAACUGCCGAGCAUUCUGCGAAAAUGUCUCAUCAAUUUGCAGCCAACAAACGGGGACAAUGUACUUUUAGCGUUAAUCAUACAUUUCAACCUUUGUUGAAUCGUCUAAUUUCAGAUAACAGAUCAUGCACCUCUACCUGUAAAAAUUGAAUCUAUCAAAAUAAUCUCCUGUAUGUGUAGAAACUACUUCGAUUGUCUUGUAUACCCACAUUUAUCGUUAAUAGGAAAAGCUGUGUGUGAUUGUUUGUCGGAUAAAAAUUUCGAUUUGAAACUUCAUACUGGAAGGGCUAUUGAUUGCAUUGGUCAAUCUAUGGGCCAGUUUUUGCAAGAGUCAGAAGGAAGAAAUGAAAUGGAGGCUGAAGGUGUGGCUUUUUGGCUGAAUCUAUUGAAUGGACCUCUAACAACUCUAUUGGCAUCUAACGUAGAGGUUGCCUUGAGAGCUGUGGCUUGUUGUUGUUUGGGAAGUAUUGGAUCUAAAAUUUUCGAAAACCUACCGAUUGAUAAACACUUUUUGAUCAUGACGUACAUUCUCACUUGUAGUAGGGAUGAAGAACAAUCUUUAAGGAGUGCUGCAGUACGUGCACUGGGUAUUUUAUCACAUUUUCCUAUACUCAGGGAGGAUGCUGGGUUCGUUGUUGAUGUAGCUGACGUGUUAUAUGGAACCCUAACUGAUGAAAGCAGCGAAGUUAGGGUGAAGUGUUCAUGGGCAUUAGGGAAUUUCAGUGACGUCCUGGUGUUGAACAGCACCAAUGAGGAUAUAGAAGCAUUCCCCACAAUAUUGUUGGUGAAACUACUAGAAAAAAGUGUAACUGCAACGAGAAUGAAAAACAACGAUAAAAUAAAAGCGAAUUUAGCUAGGGCUAUCGGCAACUUGCUUCAUCUCAUCGGUCAAGAUAUUUUUCAGAAAGUGGAGUAUAAGAAUAUUGUGGCAUCGGCCGCUGAUUGCUUGAUAAAAACUGCUUCAACCGCAUAUAGCGUGAAGGUUAGGUGGAACUCAUGUUACGCCAUCAGUCUGCUGUUGAAAAAUGAGGCCAUUUACUUGGAUCCACCGAGUUGGCUUGAAUCUAUAUUCGCCACUUUAAAUAAACUUGUCAUCGAUUUUAAAAAUUUCAAAGUGCGAACCACUGCCGCGUUAGCGUUAUCGUCUCCUUCAAAGAGGGUAUUUUAUGGAAUCCAUUAUCAGAACACCUGGACGUCACUCCUAAGAUCUUUGGAAAAUACUCAGCAUAUCGAUGAUUACGCUGAAUAUCAGCAUAAAAGUCGUUUGAUUGAACAGGUGUGCUUGAGCUUAGCCCAUCUGCUAUCCUUGUCAGAAAUAGAGGAUUUGCCUUUGAUGGGGGAAAGUCUCAACUCAUAUUUCGACAUUGCAAAGACUGAGAUGAAACGCAUGUAUGAAAUUCUCGUUCCAGAAAAAUCGAACAUAAUAUUUACAGCCGCCGAGCAUUUAAAAUCAUUUAACGACGCCAGUCUGUCGGCGGAAACAAAGGAUGCUUUAAUUAUACUCAAAGAUGUAAUUUUACAAGACUUUUAAUGUUAUUUUUUCGAUUGUAUUUUUCAUUAAAAUAAUUAUUCUCUGA